GAUCUGGAACGUGGCAGGAAUCAGUCUGUAUAAAUAAAAAUCAAUUAGAAAACAAAAAAAUUAAAAUGUCUUCGAAGAGUUACGCUGUGGCAGGUCCGAAUUUCGAGAAACAUGUUAUCUGUCCUUAUGACAAAGCUCAUCGCAUUAUGCCAAAUCGCUUGGCGGUGCAUUUAAUACGUUGCUCCAGGAAUUUUCCAUCCACUGAAAUGGUACAUUGCCCAUUUAACGUAACCCACUUGUAUUCCGUGGCCGAUAUGAUGACUCACGUAAGUGAAUGCCAAUCUCGUUCGGAUUUCGAGCGUUACAAGCUGCCGAAUGCGUUACCCCCGGCGAAGCCUAAAGAAAAUGAAUUUAUGCUGGAGACCGAGGAGGAUUGGGAUCUCGAACCACCAGCCCCCACCUACAAUCCACAAAAAUAUUGCGAGGAGUCGUUGGUGAUACGCAAUCCUCAAGGUCAACCACCGGCUUCCCGCCGACGUUUCCGGGAAAAUGAGCAAAGACGUUUUAAGGAGCUUCAACAAAAGAAGUAGUUUUCCAGAACAUAUAAACAUUAUAAUUGAAACAAUUUAUAAUCCCAUUUUCAUGCAUAUUCAUACUACAAAUGCUUUUACCAUAUUAAAUUAAAACAUUCUGUUAGCUCUUUAUUCAUAAACAAAAACUAAAUAAAAUAUAUAUUAAAAAGAGCUAA